GCAACCAGCAGAUCAUCUUCCUCCUCGCAUCGCCAUUGCUGAUCUGAUAGCUGGUUCAUCAUCAGAACACACCACCAACAAAAGCAACCAUGGCCGGCAUGGGCCGCGGCAUGAUCGCUCCGCUUCUGGUUCUGAACCUGAUCAUGUACGUGGUGGUAAUCGGGUUCGCGAGCUGGAACCUGAACCACUUCAUCAACGGGGAGACCAACUACCCCGGCGUUGCCGGCAACGGCGCCACCUUCUACUUCCUGGUGUUCGCCAUCCUUGCCGGGGUGGUGGGCGCCGCCUCCAAGCUGGCCGGCAUCCACCACGUGCGCUCCUGGCGCGGGGACAGCCUGGCCACCAGCGCCGCCUCCGCCCUCAUCGCCUGGGCCAUCACCGCCCUCGCCUUCGGCCUCGCCUGCAAGGAGAUCCACAUCGGCGGCCACCGCGGGUGGCGCCUCCGGGUGCUCGAGGCCUUCGUCAUCAUCCUCGCCUUCACCCAGCUGCUCUACGUCCUCGCGCUCCACGCCGGACUCUUCGGCAACCAGUUCCCGGCCCAUCAUGGAUACCCGCCGGCGGCAGAUCACUACGCAGCAGACAAGCCCACGGCAAGGGUCUGAAUGUAUGUAUAUAUGAGUAUGGAGGAUAAGUAUGGAGGAUGUGCAUCAUCAUCCUACAUAGCUUUGCUCUGUCGUUGUGCAUGGUACGUAAUAAUAAUGUAAUGCUCCGUCGUCAAGGUUUGUGUGGGUCUGUCUCUGUAAUGCUGCUGCUUUAUAACGCGAAUGCAUUUGUAUCCCAUCCGCUCCCAAGCAAAGCCUGAAGCAAUUUUAAUGGCUAUAGAUCAUGGAGGCAAUACAAGGAGAGUUUAUUA